AAGAAGGGAAAAAAACCCUAAUGAUUACGUCAUCAACAGGCGACGUGGCGGUGCUUUUUGAGGACAACAAACGUGUCAUGUCGGCGGUGUAAACCAUUGAGGUGUAAAAGCACUGGACUCAUUCCUCUCAUAACCGUCGUGCUCUCCUGCAAAUGAAUCCAUUAAUUAGACGGAGGCUUCCGCCGUCAGUGAGGAGUUUUCUCACCGAUAUUGGUCCAAAAGAGGAUGAGAGGUGGACUGACGUCAAGACAGACACUGAGACCAAGGAUGGGAUCCUGCUCCCGGCCAGGGGAGCUGGAUCUGGGAAAGAUGAGCUUCUUUCUCCAGCCAAGAUCCAAGGGGAAAAGGAGGAUGAGACUAACAACAAGAGGAGUGCGAUUUGCAUGCUGUGUAAAUGUAAAGCCUCUAACUACACCUGUCCCCGGUGUAACCUUCAGUACUGUGGCUUGUCUUGCUACCAGAGCCCAGACCACUCUGUGUGCUCAGAGGAGUUUUACAAGGAGUCUGUUCUUCAGGAACUCAAGGAAAUGGGGAAAACAGGGUCUGAAGGCAGAAAGAAGAUGCAAGAGAUACUGUUGGGACUGAGGCACAAAGCUGAAAUGACACAUGGGGGGAUGGAGAAAUUGUUAAAAGAUGCUGGUAUUGUAGGUGAGGACACAGAUGAGAGGGGAGGAGAAACAACAACAGAGAAGGUGCAGGUUUUGGAACAUCUUUCCAGACUAGCAGAACUUCAGCAGUCUGGAGAUGGGAACAUAGCAGAGAUAGAAGCUAUCUUGAGAAAACUCGAGGAGAUGGGAGGAGAGCCACUGGUUGGAGCGACAGGUGAGGAUGCUGACAGCAAGGAAGGUGAGCCAGACUUGGCUGAGCGAUUGUCAGGGAUGGAUAUUGAUAAGCUUUCAGAGGAGGAGCUGUGGCAACUUCUUAGUGGUAAAGAGCAGGAGAAGUUUUUGGAUCUUGUGAAAGGUGGAACUAUUGGGGAGCUUGUACCCCUGUGGAAGCCCUGGUGGGAGGAGCAUGAAGAGAGAGGAGGAACACUUGUGGAGGUGCUUAAGGAAGAAGCAAGUAAAGCAAAGAGUGAAAACAUAUCUGUUAUAAAUGAGCAGAGCAGUGAUAAUCAAGUCAAGGUUUCACAAAAAGAAGGUCAGAACCUAGACAUGGUUAAGGGAAGAAAAGAAAGGCAAACAAAGAGUCAAAGAAACUCGUUUGUUCAACGAGUUCCUCCGAUUUCUGCAAAAAUUCCAAAGAUGAGCUCCUUGUGUGCAAAUCCAUCUCCUCUGGCUUGUUAUGGUCUAGUUAAUGCUCUUUAUGCUUAUACAUUUUCAUUGUGUCUGUUCAAUGGUGACACAGAUUCCCUGUUGUUUGAACUGUGUGAAAUGACACUUUCUCUAUCAGAGGCACUGAACUCAAACAAGGUGUUUCACUCUGUUCAAGAGGCCUUAGACUGUGGAGAAUCUCUUGUUCUGCACGGAGGUUACUUCGAUAGGCAGGAUCCUCUUGCACCAGCUAGGGCAGUGGAAGCUGUGGCUCACAUCAUGACUGGCAGAGAUAGGCAGGACAAGGCAGGAUACUGUCUGGCAGCUUUGAGCCAGCUGCGUACGGUGUUCUCUAAGACCAGAAUGAACUUGUCUAAAGAGAGUGAGGAUGGGGCAAAGAGACAGAAGUACUUUUUGGCAUGCAAAAAAUGUGAAUUCUUUCAAGCCUGGGUGUUGGAAAACAUACAGCAGAUCCAAAGAAUUGCAAUUGAAUUAUGGAGUGAACACAGUAGAAGAGCAAGUGUGAGAGACAGCUUGGAGAAAGCAAAGACUGUCGUUGAGAAAAACAUGAAGAAAGAGAAGACUAAAGGAAAUGUUAGGCUUAUUGAAGAGUUGAGCUAAAAUGUUUUUUAACAUGUCAUUGUAUUAAUGUUUGUGUUGUAAUAAAAUCAUAUUAAAAACCAGA